ACCAAAUAAACAUCACGUCUGGCUUGCAAGGUUAUGCCAGUCUAUGAAGAAUGUCUUCCCUGGUUGUAAAGAAAAAAGUUAAAGUGAUGAGUAAAAUGAAAGGUGGUGCCAAAAAGCCGGUAAAGCCGAUGCCGGCCACUAUAGAAAAUUCAAAUUUCGAUUUGGAGCUUUGUUGGUGUAUACAGCAACUCCAGAAUUCGCUGCAGUCGGGUAAACUCAGUGAACGCGAAGCUGAAAGGAUCGAUAAGGCAAUCAAAACUUUGAAAAGCCCCAAGGAAGUGUUCAUCAAGAAACGGCAACUAAUGCAGCAGCUCCUUGGGGACUAUCGGGAGAAAAUGAAAAAGGAAGAGAAAAAGCAUUCAAUAGCUGCCAAUCAGUUUAAAUUUACUACGGCCAAACCUAGUAAGAAAUCGCAUUUCGUCAAAAAGUCUGCAUUUGCAACGCCUGGAAGUGAUUUCAAAUUCGAUUUUGCUGUGGAUCAGAUCGACAAAUUGGAUAUUACGGACUCUACCUCGAAAAAAGAGGAAGAAAAUGGAAAAUCCAUUCAAGCAGAACCUGCAGAAAAAUUUCAAUAUGUUCCAUCGGGAAAUACUUUUCGAUUUGCAUUUAAUAUUAAUGAAGAAGAAAAAGGUGGUUUAAGUUAGUUUUUUUUGGACAUUGUACUUUGUGAUUUGUUUUGUAUACCAAAAGAAAUUUAUAUGAAAAGUAA